GGGGUUUGGGGCGGAGACAAGACUGCUUCACAUCAAUCCAAGUAAACGUAUUCGUUGUGCGUAACAAUAAGUUAACACACAGACUCUUUUAUCCGUGUAGGAAGGCGCGUUUUCUCGGUCCUCCUGGACGGAUGGAGUGUGUUUUCACACACAUCGGAGACGGAUAUAUCUCAAAGGUAGUUUCGAUAGCGAGGUGCCCAGGAUACCGUCCAUAGUGGAGUGACACUGGAAGCAAACAAGGGAAGGCUAUCGAAAAAUAUCCUCAUUCUUCUGCUCCUCUCCCUGCUUUUAUGGAACAGCAGACGCAACGAACGCAAAGCCUUCGCCAUAGCGUCGAUGCAAGUUAAUAAGUGUCUUUAAACCGGACCCUACCGAUCUCUUCCACUGCAGUCGAGUUGUAGGCUACCGUGCACCUUGUGACCAUCACUCUCCUCAAGGAGGCACCAUGCGGACUGGCGCGGAGGCGGAGGGCUUGGAUGGCGAGGCCUCCAACGCGUCAAUGAUCUCUGGGGCCAGCAGCCCCUACCAGCCCACCACCGAGCCCGUGCAAGCCAGAAGCCUGCUGGGGGGGAUCAGGUGUGACCUGGAGUACCUCAGGUCGUACCUGGGGAUCCUGAAGGUGGUAGAGGUGGUGCUGGCCCUGCUGGGCUUCAUCUGCAUCGAGACCAUCAUGCUGUGCUCUCCCUGUGGGGGCGUGUACUUCUUUGAGUUUGUCAGCUGCAGCGCCUUCGUCGUCACCGGGGUCCUCCUCUUCAUCUUCAGCCUCAACCUGCACAUCAAGGUGCCCCACGUCAACUGGAGUCUCACGGACCUGGUCAACACAGGGGCUUGUACCCUCUUCUUCUUCCUCGCCUCGUUGGUCCUUGCCUGCAUCAACCACGGGACUAGCGCUGAGAUCGCAGCUGUGGUGUUUGGCUUCUUGGUCACGUGUGUGUACGGCCUCAACUCCUUCCUGGCUGUCAGGAAGUGGCGCCGUGGCGACAGUGGCCAGGGGGUAACGACAAGCAGCGAGUAUACACGUGCGCGCACGGCCUCUCGCGGCGAGGUGGAGACGCGGCCAGAGCUAGCAUGAGAUGGACAUCCCGAACACGCAUGUAACCACGGCGACCGCAGGGGGGGAUAUAGCGAGCGACGGACCGCUGCCGGUACCAUGGAAACGAUGGUUUGUGUGUAACGGUCUGAGAACUUAAGGACCUUGGUAACCUGUUCCAAGACGACUCCUCCCUGUUCCACCCUUUCACCUCCUCACACCUCCUUAUGGGGACUACACACACAUACCACACACACACACACACACACACACACACGCACACGCACACGCACGCACACAUGCACCCAAAGACUUAAUCAACACUCAAGCACAGAGUGGUGUGUGUUGAGUGAAGAAGCUGAGCUGUUAGAUACUUAGUGCGGGGGUGAAGGGAACCCUACGUGUGGGGGAUGUGUACAAAGAGACCAAAGCAACGGAACAGUUUAUACGACCCUUAAUGAUCACUUUGAUUUAUUGAUUACCUGGCUACCACCGUGGGUGUCUUUGCCUCGUAUCAUAUAUUUUUUAAUUGUUUUGUUUCGCUGAAGAGACAAGUUUGGUGUAAGAUGAACUUCGGUCUGCGGGUAGAGCUAUGCUAACAGUGUUAACAGUAUAGCAACAUGGCUACAUGGUGCGUUAUUCUGUGUCAUGCUACAUACAGCCGUCCAAUGACAACACAGCGCUGAAGCAGUAAGCUCCAGGGACUUUAUACUGGACUGAACAUUGGGCCUGCAAUGCUCACUAACUACGACUGCUAGCUCCUGGCUAAUGGUCAGAUAGUUCUGUUAUGAAUGAGAUAGGAGAAGAGCGAUAUUAAGAUAUGUGUUUUGUUUUACACAAACAAAACUACACUUAUGAAGUUGUUUGGUUUGUAUGUUUAUGUCAUUGUUGUGGGUUUUCCUGACUGGGUUAAAUGUAAAGGGAUGAUGUAAGCUACGGUAAAUAUUCGUAGACUAAGCUUCAUAGACAGGGUCUGAAAGCAAUAACAGGAAUUCAUUGGUUUAAGAAUGAAAUAUAUGACAUAGACAAUCCUCAGACCAAAAUCUACUGUGACUGCCCUAAAGUUGUAUAUUUGUACACAACAAAGUAUAUUCCUACAUUAAGCUGCUCUCAAUUGCAAAAUCAAAAUUUUAAAAACAUGAAAAAAAAGAAUGGGCCGGACGGAUCCACAGGCAGUCCAAGGAUCAUUGGAUGAAGUUAUGGGGAAUCAUUGAUUCAACUUUACAGUUUAAUGAGUGUUGUGAAAUUCACUACAGUUGAACCGGGGGCCUUUGGAGUAUAACAGAAUGAUUGACACAGUACAAUUUAAAACAUCACCUGGCUGUAUGUUUCCCAGGUAAUAAACACAUUCUGGUUAAAAGACAGUUGAACAUCAAGUCACAGAGUGCCUCCACCGUUAAGCUCAGAUAUUUAACUGCCUUCCCAAAUAGUAAAUUUAUAUCAGUUAAUAAAGGAACUAAUUAACUCACUAACUGAUUAACAGGUUAUCAACUAAUUAGCGUUGUGUGUGUUGCAGAUUAGUGUGUGUUUAUUAUCCAAGUGAUGGAUAAUCGGGUAACUAUGGGAAUCAAGAGUUUAAAGUACCGUACAUGAAUCUCCUUUGAAACAGAAUUAUCUGUCAGUAUAUUUUCAGGCAUCAACUAUCUAGAGUCACAAGAUACACUUCACAUUGUAAAGGUUUCCUAAGUGACCUACUUAAAUCCACUAAACACAACUUGUUUCAUUCAGUUAGUCUUUGCUAGAAUAAUGGAAGGAAUGUAGACCUUCUUGUGUGUCUGAUGUAUCCACAGAGAAAUGUCAACAAUCGUAUCAUUCAAUGCCAGAUAUUUUUGAAGUUCUUUGAGGCUUAUGUGUCUUUAUGCUGUUAGGUCAAGGGUGUAAAUGCUACAUGGAUAAUCUAGCGCUCUCUGCUUGUCGUUUGUGGUAAUGCAGCUACACUGAGCAAUAUCGACCUACGUGAAGGCUUAGGUAAAUGAAUUGGUUUGUUCUUAAUAAAGGGUUUGAUACAAAUUUAAAAACGACGUGUUUAUUUAAAUAUAUUAUCUUCAGUUGAUUAAAUAUAUAUAUAUAUCGUCUUGACAUUGACCUAUUAUUUGUUUUUUAUUAUUAAUUUUAUAUCUUAAAUUCCAAUAUUUUAUCCUUGAUCCUUCUCAUUCCAAUUCUAUAAAUGGUUGUUUUAGUUAGGUGUGGAAACAAUAUUCCUUUACAUAUUGUACUAUACCAGCUCUGCCUAUAAAAUACAAUGUGUGGAACUCAAUUAACUGAUCAUUAUGAUGUAUUUAUGAAAGCAUUUUGUUUUGAGAGAGGCCAUUUCUAAUUGAAUCUGAAUGUCCUCCAAUUAACACAAUAAAAAAGUAAAGAGGAAAGCGGUAGAAAUGUAUUUUUUCCUCAAACGAAGGAUUAUUCUGUGAGGUGAAUGCAGUUGGAACCUCAUGCAAAAUUUAUUUUGGUAUUUUCUGACCAUUAUUUGGGUAGUGGUUAGGGGUAUUGGGUUUGAAUCCCAGAAUGUCCAAAUGUAGGCGUCCUUGAGAAAUAUACCCGUAUGCCUGCUGAUAAACGUGUAACAAAAAUUAAUAAACGGUAACUUUACCGUCCAUACCUGCUCAUUGACAUGUAUCUAAAAAAAAUGUUUUUUUACUUUACCGUCCCUACCUGCUCAUUAAAAAAAACACAAAACCAGAGAGGUAGAACAAACUAUUUCAUUGAAACCGUUCAGUGGUGCUCUAUAGAGCUACGACACACACACACACGACCGUUCAAUCCACUGAAGACAGAAUACACAGUACAAAACACAUCUGAAAUACACACACAGGGCAGGGACAGGGACAUUCAAGUGACAUAUCCAGUAACUAACAUACUUAUAGGCCGAAGUGACACAUGACACAUAAAGCAGAUGCAUGUAAAUUACAAUUUCAUACACGUGUCUUUGACACACAACACAUAAUGCAGCAAGUGGUUUCAACACACAGUGGACUGCAGUCCUUCCUCUUAUUAAAACACUUCUAGAAACAGAUCAGAUAGAAAUAGCCUGCUUAUCUGUUUAACU